AAAAUACACCGUUUUGAAAAUUUAUUCUCUUAGUCGGGAUCUGAAAUCCUAGAAGCCAUGAAAACAGCACGAGAAGAAUCCGAGGAUGCAGCUAACGCAGAGAGCGCGGCGAAGAGGCAGAAACUCGAUCAAUCUACGCAGCAGCUUGCUUUCGAAAACCCGCUCCUUCCGCUUGCUUCUUACGACGAUGAUGAAGAAGUGAAAGAGAGGAGAGAUAGGGAUAGGGUUACAGAUGUAAAUGAUGGCAAAUUGGAAGGUAUAAACGCGCUUAUUGAAGAUGAAUAUGAUGAGGAAGACGAUGAAGAAAGUAGGGCAGAGCAGGGACGGCGCAGUCGGUCGAUUGAAGUAAGAAGAGACUGCCCGUAUCUCGAUACUGUUAAUAGACAGGUUUUAGAUUUUGAUUUCGAGAAAUUUUGCUCAGUGUCCCUUUCAAACUUGAAUGUCUACGCAUGUUUAGUGUGUGGGAAGUAUUUCCAGGGAAGAGGGCCGAAAUCUCACGCAUAUACCCAUAGUCUUGAAGCUGGCCACCAUGUCUACAUUAAUCUCUGUACAGAGAAAGUUUACUGUCUUCCUGAUGGUUAUGAAGUCAUUGACCCAUCAUUGGAUGACAUCCGCCAUGUACUAAACCCAAGGUUUUCAAGAGAAAAUGUUAUCCAGAUUGACCAGAAUCGUCAGUGGUCCAGGGCGCUUGAUGGUUCUGAUUAUCUUCCCGGAAUGGUGGGGUUAAAUAAUAUCAAAGAGACUGAUUUUGUCAAUGUUACCAUUCAAUCUUUGAUGCGUGUUACUCCCUUGAGGAACUUCUUUCUUAUACCCGAGAACUACGCCCAUUGCAAAUCCCAACUUGUUCAUCGAUUUGGAGAGCUCACUCGAAAGAUCUGGCAUGCAAGGAACUUUAAAGGACAGGUCAGUCCACAUGAAUUUCUCCAGGCAGUUAUGAAGGCUAGUGGGAAAACAUACCGAAUAGGUGCUCAAUCAGAUCCAGUUAGAUUUAUUUCAUGGCUUCUUCAAACAUUGCAUCGAGAUCUUAGAAGGUCUAAAAAGGGCAGCAGCAUCAUUCACCAGUGCUUUCAGGGUGAGCUGGAGGUUGUCAAGGAGAUCCAUAGCAAGCAUAUAGGAGAGAAAAAAGAGAAUGGGGACAAUGGAAAUGAUGCAGGUAAUGUCAUAUUAGAGACGAGCAAAAUGCCGUUCUUAAUGCUUGGCCUGGACUUGCCACCACCUCCACUCUUUAAGGACAUUAUGGAGAAGAACAUUAUUCCACAGGUUCCACUUUUCAACAUACUCAAGAAGUUUGACGGCGAAACUGUGACUGAGGUGGUUCGCCCUGAUACAGCAAGAAUGAGAUACCGUGUCACGAAAUUGCCACAGUAUCUUAUCCUCCACAUGCUUCGGUUUACAAGAAACAAUUUUUUUGUCGAGAAAAAUCCUACACUCGUUAAUUUCCCUGUGAAGAAUCUUGAACUGAAAGAUUACAUUCCCCUUCCUGUACCGAAGGAUAAGGAGAAGUUGCGAUCAAAGUACGACUUAAUUGCUAAUAUUGUUCAUGAUGGUAAACCAGGUGGAGGAUCAUAUAGAGUAUUUGUGCAGCGAAAGUCAGAAGAGCUAUGGUAUGAGAUGCAGGAUCUCCAUGUGUCAGAGACGUUGCCGCAGAUGGUGGCCCUUUCCGAGGCGUACAUGCAGAUUUAUGAGCAGCAGCAGUAGAUGAUUAGGGAUACUGAGAAGUAAGUGGUACUGGAAUACAGAACCUUUAAAUAUCUGAAUUUUGUUCUGUUUUACUGUUUCAUUCGGAAUGGUAUAUGAAUCUUUUGCAGCUUCUUUCU